AUGUUCAAGAACGAUCCGAACAACCAGCAGACAGGCAUCUCUGCAACGUCAAUGAAGUUUGACAGGAUCUGGAGCAAGCAAUCAUCGCAGGAUGACGUCUUCCACGAAGCGCAGCAGCUGGUGGACAGCGCCUUUCAUGGCUACAACGCCACCAUCUUCGCCUACGGGCCGUCAGGGUCCGGCAAGACACACACGAUGAUCGGGACGAAGGAGCAACCAGGCAUCGUCCCUCGCUCGUUAAAUCGCAUCUUUGAGCUAGCGGACAAGCAGCAAGACAGCAUGUUCAUGAUCGCCCUGACUGUCCUCGAGCUCUACAACGACCAGUUCUUCGACCUGCUC